AAGUCCCCACCAAUGGCGACCAUGGCCGUCGCUACGUGCUCCUUGGUAAAUCGCUACGCCUUCGCCACUCGAUCCCCGAGAUCCCCUUCCUCCUCCGCGCGCGCCGCGCCGCGACAGGUCCCAUCGAUCUCGGCAUCGCCGCCGCCGCCGCCGCCGCCACUGAAGAAGAAGGUGCUUGUUCCGAUCGGCAUGGGGACGGAGGAGAUGGAGGCGGUAAUCAUUGUCGACGUCCUCCGCCGAGCCGGAGCCGACGUUCUCGUCGCCUCCGUGGAGAGGGAGCUCGAGGUGGAGGCGUCGUCGGGCACCAGAUUGGUGGCGGAUGCGUCCAUCGCCGAUUGCGCCGACGAGAUUUUUGAUCUCGUGGCGUUACCAGGAGGAAUGCCAGGUUCUGUGCGGCUGAGAGAUAGCGAAAUUCUUCGAAAGAUGACAAUCAAGCACGCAGAGGAGAAAAGACUAUACGGUGCUAUAUGUGCUGCUCCUGCUGUUGUCCUUAUGCCCUGGGGUCUGCAUAGGAGAAAACAGAUUACUUGUCAUCCGGCCUUCAUGGACAAGCUUCCCAACUUCCGUGCAGUUAAAUCUAAUAUUCAGGUGUCCGGGGAACUCACCACAAGUCGUGGUCCUGGGACGACUUUUCAGUUUGCUUUAUCAUUCGUUGAGCAGUUGUUUGGGUGCACGCUGGCUGAAGAUAUUGCAAAAAUUUUGUUGAUGCAAAUUGAUGGUGGUCGUCAAAGAAGUGAAGAAUUCAACAAAGUUGACUGGUCUUUUGAUCAUACACCUCAUGUUCUUGUUCCGGUUGCUAAUGGCUCUGAAGAGAUAGAAGUGGUCAUGUUGGUGGACAUUUUAAGGCGAGCAAAAGUGGAUGCCGUUGUGGCAUCAGUUGAAAAAUCUCUGCAAAUUGUAGGAUCCCAAAAUAUAAAGAUUAUUGCAGACAAGUCUCUUUCUGAUGCCUCAAAGUCAACAUACGAUUUGAUCAUUCUCCCUGGAGGAGUUGCUGGUGCUGAGCGCCUUGCCAAGUCUAGAAUUCUGAAGAGGUUACUGAGAGAACAAAAGGAAGUGGGAAGGAUGUAUGGUGGGAUCUGCUCUUCACCAGCUAUCUUGCAUAAGCAAGGUUUGCUCAAGGGUCAAACAGCCACAGCUCAUCCCUCUGUUAUUGGCCAGCUUACUGGCAAAGUAAUUGAUGACGCUGGUGUAGUAAUUGAUGGAAAACUAAUCACUGGACAGGGCCUUGGAACUAUGAUGGAUCUGUCACUGGCUAUUGUCAAAAAACUUUUUGGCCAUGCACGGGCAAGAAGCGUGGCAGAAGGGAUUGUUUUCGACUACCCUAAAAGCUAAGGAAAAUUGUUCUGACUAUGCAUGAGGAAAGGUGUUGCUAGAAGAUGAAUAGAUUUAGUCGGAGAUAUUUGGGGUACCACUAUGUAACGAGGCACACUAGUGACUACAUUUCUAGAUUGGAUUGCCGUCAGUGUUUCUGUACUGGAUACAGUCAAAUUUUCUUCACUGGCUCGACAGCACUUUUGAGGGUUCGACUACAGCAACAGUUUUGUUGAUUGCACAGGAUUCAGAUCGCACGAUCUCAUUAUGUUCUGUGAUACAGGUGCGUUUGCCUACAACCGAGUAGAAACAUUCUGGGCACAGCGGUGUAGAAAAUAUAGUCCCUUGUUGUUUCUCAAGGCUUUUGAGAAGAUAGUGACUAGUUUCUAAAAAAGUGGCUAGAAUAAGAUGCACGCUGGAUAACCCGAUUAUGGCUUCUGCUAUUGAAGAAGAUCUUGAGCAGGUAACUUUUAUUUUAUUUAGAUAUUACCAAGAAUACUCCUACUAUUGAACUUUUAAAUGAUACCUAGUUCUCGAAACACUUGAUUGUCAAAUAAAAAACAUUGAAAUAUGUUACAACGUUGAAAA